AUCAAACAUCAAUCAAUAAUACAUACAAGUCAUUCUCUCUAUCAAUUUAUUUUUACAUGGUAUCAGAGCAAGGUUAAGAAUUUAGUAUUUUUUCGCGUCACCGGCGGGCGGCAAACUCGCCUUAGCCGCUCGCCGGACCUCAAUCUAGUCCACUAGAAUUUUCUACACAUACCUUGAAAUUUCUUCCAGUCCACCACCUUCAAUAAACCCAAUUGGCUCUAUCAAAAGACACAGAUGGCAUAAACACACACACAAUGGAAAGGGAAAAGUAUUGUUACAGGGAUGUGCUGCCAUUUACAGCAAUGGUGACGAUGGAGUGCAUCAACGUCGGUCUCAACACCUUAUUCAAAGCAGCCACCGUCCAUGGCAUGAGCCGUCACGUCUUUGUCGUCUACGCUUAUGCUGUCGCUGCUCUUGUCCUCCUCCCUUCCCCUUUCUUCUCUCGCAGAUCAACAGAGCUGCCUCCUCUCAACUCCUCCAUCGCAUGUAAAAUCUUCCUUCUCGGGCUGAUCGGGUGUACGUCUCAGAUAUUGGGAUAUACAGGGAUCAAUUACAGCUCUCCCACACUUGCUUCAGCCAUCAGCAACCUCGUCCCUGCUUUCACUUUUAUACUUGCCCUCAUUUUCAGGAUGGAAAAGCUAGCACUGAGAAGCUCGCGCAGUCAAGCUAAAAUCAUAGGCACCGUAGUAUCACUUUCAGGAGCAUUUUUAGUAACUCUCUACAAAGGCACACCUAUUGUGUUGAAUCCAUCACCUGCAGGUAUGAGCAUGCCUAUUGCACAUGUGGAAGAAAGUUGGCAAAUGGCUGAAUUCUACAUCAACAAGAUUCUUGUAGAGUACAAAAAUAAAGACCUGAAUCACAUGGCUUCUUCCCCCUCCAUCUCGUCGGCAGACCUAUGCACAUGGGCACACACUCAACACACUGCCCCAUACACACACAUGACAUCCCACUCUCUCUCUCAUCUUUUCACACUUUCAAACCCACUUUAAUCAUAUCUCUCAUUUCUC